AUGCCACCAACUCUGAACGGCCAGUCUGCACAACCCCCCGAUCCUGAUGGCCCCCUUGUCACAGAGGGCUAUGUAUGCCCCGCCAAAGGCGCCCCCUUCGAGCUCAAACAAGUAACCCUCCCUCCUUUCACUGCUACCACAGUGGAGGCACAAGUCGUUAUGAUCGGCCUUUGUCACACAGACAUUCAUAUGCGUGACAACGACUGGGGGAUCUCAAAUUACCCGCUUCUUGCUGGCCAUGAGGGUGUCGCCCACGUCACCCGCGUUGGCUCCGCAGUCCGAAACAUCCGCCCGGAUGACCGCAUCGCCAUCACCUGGAUCCGCGAUUCCUGUCGUGCCUGUGAUUCGUGUCUUGCGGGCCGUGAGAAUAUCUGCGAAGAUAGCUAUCAGGGGACAUACUUAGGUGAUUCUGCUGGUGCGUGGGGCAGUUCCAAAUUUCAUUACAAUGAGAAUGGAGGAUGCUUUUCGAAGAUCCAAAGGAUUGAAGAGCGCUUUGCGAUCAAGAUUCCCGAUGGUGUGCCCUCGGAGAUUGCUUGCCCCUUGCUCUGCGGCGGAGGUACGGUUUACGAACCAAUAUGUGAUUACGCAGGGCCAAACGUUAAGGUUGGAGUAGCGGGUGUCGGUGGCUUGGGUACUGCCGCUAUCAAACUCGCUAAGUUAAGGGGAUGCAUCAUCACUGCAUUCUCCACAUCCCCGCAUAAGAAGGAAGCUGCUCUUGGUGCCGGCGCGUUUGAGUUUGUCAAUAUGUCGGAUCAAGCACAAGUUGAUGCGCAUGGGGGCUGCCUCGAUGUUCUCCUCGACACCACUCCAGUUGAGAGUAACAUAGACAAAUAUAUGGCCUUGCUGAAAAUCAACGGGACCUACGUGAAGAUCGGUAUUCCCGCAAUGAGUCAGCAGACUUUUUCGUACAACUUCAGUAGCCUUAUCUUUCAACAAAAGAAAAUCGUGGGGACUGUCGUUACUGGGACAAGACGAAUGAAGGACAUGCUCGACCUCGUCGCGAAGAAUAUUGACUUUAUGAAAGAUACAGAUGCGUGGAAGACAGAGCAUGUCCCCAUUAGCCAGAUCAAUGAAGCCAUGGACAAGUUGUCAAACCGUGAUAACAAGGGAUAUCGAUAUGUGCUAGAGUGGUAGCCCGAUUCAAAUAAACCGACGCACAUCCAAAAAUACGUGACCUUUCUUUA